AUGUCGUUCUACAUCGACAACAAGAAUGUCGGUAAUAAAGAGUCCUCCGAAGACUGGCGAAUCCGUGGCUACAACCCUCUGACUCCGCCCGAUCUUCUGCAACACGAGAUCUCGCAGACCGCUGCCUCCAAAUCCACCGUCCUCACCGGUCGGGCCGAGUGCGUUGCCAUUGUGCAGAACACAGACCCCAACCAUCGACUCCUAGUCAUCAUCGGUCCCUGCUCCAUACACGACCCUGUGUCCGCACUCGACUACUGCGAUCGCCUGCUCAAAUUGAAAGAGAAACACAAGGACGAGCUGCUCAUUGUUAUGCGGUCGUACCUGGAGAAGCCACGAACCACCGUCGGCUGGAAGGGACUGAUCAACGACCCUGACAUCGACAACAGCUUCCAGAUCAACAAGGGCCUGCGCAUCUCGCGGCAGCUCUUCGUCGACCUGACCACCAAGGGCAUGCCUCUGGCGAGUGAGAUGCUCGACACCAUCUCCCCACAGUUCCUUGCCGACUUGCUGAGCAUCGGCGCCAUCGGUGCGCGCACGACCGAAUCCCAGCUCCACCGUGAACUCGCGUCCGGCCUGUCCUUCCCCGUCGGCUUCAAGAACGGCACGGACGGCAGUCUGGGCGUGGCCAUCGACGCCAUCGGUGCCGUCAAAGGCAGCCACCACUUCCUCUCCGUGACCAAGCCCGGCGUGGUCGCAAUCGUGGGCACGGUGGGCAACGAGGACUGCUUCGUCAUCCUGCGCGGCGGCACGACCGGCACCAACUACGACGCCGAGAGCAUCAAGAGUGCCAAGGAGAAGCUGCGCGGCAAGGGCCUGCCGGAGCGCCUGAUGGUCGACUGCAGCCACGGCAAUUCCUUGAAGAACCACAAGAACCAGCCCAAGGUCGCGGACGUGAUCGCACAGCAGAUCUCCCAGGGCGAGGAGGGGAUCAUGGGCGUCAUGGUGGAGAGCCACAUCAAUGAGGGCGCACAGAAGGUGCCGAAGGAGGGCAAGAGCGGAUUGGAGUACGGCAAGAGUAUUACGGAUGCUUGUAUUGGAUGGGACGAUACCGAGAGCGUGCUGCAGGUUCUUGCCGACGCGGUGAAGGAGCGGAGGGCCAAGAUUGAGAACAACGCCAACGGUGUUAACGGGACGAAUGGGCACGCUUGA